AUGGGUACACGUCUUUGGAAGGCAGCUGUUACAGCAAUCUGUAGCUUACCGUUGGUCUUUGGAACGAUUAUCGCAGACAACAACCGAAGGGCUGUUCUUCCUGACGCCGUCUGCAUCCAGAUCAGCAAGGCAAUAUCUUCGGCCAGCGGAGUGUUCCACCCAGGGGACCCGUUGUACGACAAGGGGAUAUUUCAUUAUGCGAUCUCCAGCUCACAGAACGCGACUUGUGUAGUCGAACCAGGAACACCAGCGGACGUUGGAAAAAUUCUAACCAUACUCGGACGAACACGAACACCAUUCGCAGUGAAGGGCGGCGGACACAUCGCGAACCAGGGGUUUUCGUCCACAACCGGUGUUCAGAUCGCGAUGUUCCGCUUUUCGGAGGUCAAUUACCAUCGCGCGUCGCAGACGAUUGACUUGGGUCCUGGGUUGAUAUGGGACGAUGUGUACGCUGCACUGCAGCCUUUCGGGGUCACGGCGAUAGGGGGACGCGUAACUGGAGUUGGAGUGGCUGGGUUUACACUCGGCGGUGGGUACUCGUAUAAGACAAAUCAGUUUGGGCUCGCGGUCGAUAAUGUGAUUUCGUAUCAGCUCGUUAAGCCCGAUGGAAAGGUUGUUGAAGUUACUCAAGCUUCGGAUCCUGAACUGUUCUUCGGAUUGAAGGGUGGCCAUAAUAACUUUGGUAUUGUAACUAGAUUUACUGUGAGGGCAUUCCCUCAAACGCAAGUCUGGGGCGGGAGCAUAGUUUCUGAUGCGUCGACUGUGGAUGCUCUGACAGCGGCCACACUCGCAUUCCAGACGAAUACAGACCCCAAGGCCGCUGCAAUAAUAGGAUUCUCAUGGGAUCCAACGAGUAGCCAAUUGACUGCGCUCGCGUUUCUCUUCUACGAUGCGCCCACACCGCCGCCAGGCAUAUUUGAUGGGUUUUUGGAUAUCCAGCCACUUUCGUCCGAUGUUGGUACGAGGGAUUACCUCAAUCUUAUACAGUCUGCGCCUCUGAAUGCAACUCAGGGGACAAGAUUUGCUUAUAAUGCCCUUCCUAUGCUCAAUUUUACGCCUGGAAUAUCUCAAUUACUGGUGAAUGAAACAGUCUUCUGGGGGAAGGCUUUAGCGAAUAAAAGCGAGAUCAGCGUCGCGUACCUGGCGGAAUUGUUCCUACCAAACAUCUAUUCCCACAACACCGACAAAACAGCAUACCCACCUGUACGAACCAUCCCAUUCAAGCCCUUCAUGCUAGACUACAACUGGGCCUCUGAGGAAUUCGACAAGGAUUGGCACGACGCUGCUGUCGCUAGCUCUGCGCACAUUCGUAACGCCGCCGUUGCCCAGGGACAAACGGAUGUUCUAAGAUCGCCUGUGUAUCCGAAUUAUGCGCUUGCUGGUACACCGCUGAAGGAGAUGUAUGGCGAUAAUCUUCCGGCGCUGCGUGUGUUGAAGGCGCGAGUUGAUCCUGAUAAUGUUAUGGGUCUUACUGGAGGAUGGAAAUUUUGA